CUGAGAGCUUCACAUAUGGUGGCAAGUGAGAAGGACUCAACCUUGAGAGUUAGGAAAUGGGCAAUCUGGACUGUUGCCCUGGAGGAUACUUUGCCCAAAAGGCCAGAAGAAACAUCCAUCAGGGGUCAAGAACAUCAACCUCCAGCUGGGUGAAGAGGGUUCAUUUUUGGUCACAAAAUAAGAUUCAUCCUAUAACUGAGCCAGUUGAAGUUCCCCAGGAGGACCUGGUGGAGGAACGCCCCCAGGGCUGGAAUGAGGAACAGGAGCUGAGUACCCUGAAGGUGCAUGGAACAGCCAAAGAGAUUGCUUCAUAUACAAAUAUCUACAUCCCUCUGCUCAGAUACAUUCAAAAUGAUGAAGACUUCACUGAGGACCUGCCAGUCAACCCAGCUUGUGAUCGGACAGAAGGGACUGGGUGUUUCUCCAAGGAUGCUUCACCCAGAAGGCCGGAAGAAACAUUGCUCAGCGGUUCAAGAGCAUCAACCUCCAGCUGGGUGAGCAGGGUUCGUUGUUGGACACGAAAUAAGGUGCACCUUAAAACUGACCCACUUGCAGAGCCCCCUGAGGACCAACUGGAGGAGGUCUCCAAUUCAAAGUUGGAGGAAGAGGCUAUGACCACCGCUGUGGCAUGCAAAGCAACCUAUGAACAUGCUUCCCAUGAGAAUCCAGGGGUGAAACGGCACCAGGCCUGGGCAAAGGGACAGCCUCUGAGUACUCGGAAGGCAUGCGGAGCAGUCCAUGAACAUGACUUCACUGAGGACCUGCCAGUCAACCCAGCUUGUGAUCGGACAGAAGGGACUGGGUGUUUCUCCAAGGUGGCCAUUCCAGAAUGUGAAAGUGACUGCUUCCUGGAGAGCAUUAACAGCAGUGAUGAGGAAGAGAACUUGGGUAGGGAACAACUCUCAGGUGGGAUUUAGAGGGAGAGGGUUCCCGGACCACACAGGUUACACCUGCAUCUUUGGAGAUGAAGGAAGCUGAAUAUAAACUGAGGAAGGAGAAGGACAUAUUUGUAGAAUUGUGAUUUGUCCUUUUCAUAUUUUAAUUAUAUAAUAGAGCUUUAUAAAUAGAGUAUCCAUGUGCUUUAUUAUUUACUUAUAGUCAUCUCUUCUUGCUUUUUCAUUUAGAAAUGUCCUUUCUCAUAGACUACUCUUUCCUUGUCCUUUCAUGCCAAAUAUGAAAGGUUGGCUUCUGAUUAGUACCUGCUAGGUACUAUGUACGGGGGACUUUGGCUUCAUGUUUAAAUUCUCCUAUGAUGGCCACAUCCUUGUGGGCACAAGAGUCUCACAGUCACUUGACACUGGAGACCAAGUUCUGGCAGUGAGUGUCAGGUGGUGGGUGAGACGUGAACGCUCUCCCUCUGCAUUUUCAGGACUUGUGGUUUCCCCUCAUGUUUGUCCUCACUGUUUGUUCCUUGUAUGAAGGGUGCUCUCAGGGUUGAAUGAGUCAGAGCACACGUGCUCUGGCAUCCCUGCCUGGGCUGAGUCUCCUGAAGCUCGUCUCAGCACCACCCCUUCCCAAGGAUGCUGUGCUGAAGGUGCUUCCACGUGAGAGCAGUCCAUGUCCAGCUGCCCCUAGAGGCCAGGAUGGCCACAGAUUCUUGAGACUGUGAAGGGGCCGCUGGCUUUCUUUACACAUUUGCUCUCACAGCCCUGCUGACCUGGUCUCCUGGGACUUACCAGACCCAGGUCAGAGACUCAGAGCAGCAGGACCUGGGGUGACUGCUCCCCUUAGAACCCACUAGUCCCUCCAGACCGAAGCUCCAGGUGGCUUCGAUCACCAUCUUUGCACACUCCUCAACUCAUUUAUUUACCUUUUAUUUUUUAAUUUGUUUUGCAUUUGAGCCAUGGAAUUUUCUGAUAUAUUUUGAGUAUGAGCUCCUAAUGUGAUAUAUGUUUUGCAAUUUUUCUGUAGGUUAACUUUCCGUCCUGCUGAUUGUUGAAGAGACUGCCCUUUCCCUAUUUUGUUGUCUUAGAACCUUCGUGAAUUUAAGUUCACCUUGUAUCCAUGAGUUUACUUUUUUUUUUUAAAUUCUGGUAUUUAGGGCUAUGUAUCUGUUUCUAUGUCAGUAUCAUACAGCUUUGAUUCCAAUAACUUUGUAAUGUGUUUUGAAAUCAAGAGGUGAGAAACUUUCAUCUUUGUUCUCAAGGCCAUUUUCUCUAUUUGGAGUUCUUAGUAGUUCCAUACAUAAUUUUGGAAUUGCUUUUUCUAUUUCUAUGAGAGUGACAUUAAUAUUUUGAUUGGUGUUGCAAUGAAUCUUCACUUAGGUUUAGGUAGUGUAGAAAUGUCAAGAGUACUAAGUCUCCAGUCUAUGAGCAUGGAAUGUCAUGUCAAUUCCUUGUGCCUUGUUUCACCUUUUCACUGUGGUGUGUAGUGUUCAGUGAGCUGGUCAUGUCUCUCUGAAGGCCCUGUGUCCCUCCCUCCCUGAUCUCAGAGUCAGUGGUGGAGGGAUGGGCUCAUGAGGAGAUGCAGUGUCUCUCCCUCCCUCCUCACGUCUUCUCUGAUGAUGUUCAGCACAGGCGCCCUGGGCCCUGUGUCCAUACCUGUCCCCUCAAGAGGAACACCUGCUGGGAAUUCCUCUAAGAUCUGGGUGUUGACAUUGAUGUUUCAGUGUCCCAAAGGCUCAUGAAUACCUGGGAUGUGUUAUAUUGCUUAUUUAUUCU